UGUUUGAAAACGUCAAUGUGAUCACAUCUACCUAACGUUUGUGCGCGCGACUUCAUCGCGUUUCAUUUCGCGAUAAAAGUUCUUCCUGACAAGAAGUUUUGGGAAUUUGGUUCUUAACAGUGAGAAUUGAAAAAAAAAAAUAAAGUCAAUUCCAAUGAAAAGACAAAGAUCCAAAUAGGAUCUACUGCCAAAAAAAAAUUAAUUUAAUACCCAAAAAAUUAUGAGGAAUUGCAAAAUGUUUAAAUGGAUUUUACUAGUGAUCAGUGUAAAUUUUGUGAAUGGUUUAAGGAACAGCAGCAUAACUUUAAAUAAUCAAAAUGUGACUUUUAGUGCUUCGCUGACUGAAGCAUCAUUUUCAAGACAUCAUUUACCUUGGUUCCUUAAACUAUCACCAUUUUUCGACUUAACGAAAGUUCCACAAGUCAGUGAGACAUGCAGACAUGAUUUUCAGAUAUUUUUGGACGCGUUAGAUCGCCUGGAUUUAUGGGCACUUAAAAUGCAUGAUGCAACUGCUAAGCUUCCAUCCGGCGUGUUCAAUGGUAAUUUGAAUCAGUACGGCGAUUAUGAUAUGUGCCUUGAUGUUAUUGCAAGUGAAGAUGAAUUUCAAGGAAAAUAUUGCAUUGCUUAUGUUCAGCCACGAUCAAGAAAUGGCACAUUUAAGGACUUAUUGAAGCUCGUUCAAUCGCAUGAGUUCUUUAAAAGUAAUUUUGAUGAUUGCGGCCACAGAACUCCCCGAUUCUCGCAUAUCAAUUGGGCAGUUUGCAUACCAUCGUCAUGCAGUGCAAAAGAUUUAGAGAUAGGCAUUAAGACAUACUUGGAUGAAUAUUCCGAAAAUACCGAUAUUAUUAUAGACGUCAAGGUCGAUGAGGAUAUGUGUCAAUUGAAAAGAGAGACGAGUAUUAAUGCUCUGGAUAAAAAUACGAGACGUGUUAUAAUUCUGCUCGUGACAAUCCUCUUCAUUUGUGCUUUAAGCACAAUUUAUGACAUGAGAACGCAAAUGCCAAAAAAUGAGUGGUUCACGACAUUUUCACUUUCAAGAAACAUACAAGAGUUACUAAACACUGAUGAAAAUCCAAAUGAUAUUCAAACUGUUCAUGGCAUACGAAUGCUUAAUGCUCUCGUGCUUAUGGCUACACACAAGUCAAUGAGCAUUCUCUUCAAUCCAUUCACAAAUCGUUCCGAAAUGACGAAGCGUUUGGCGAAUCCAUUUUUAUUGGUCUACGCAUCAGCAGCUAGUCUGUACACAGAUGUAUUUCUAAUGUUAAGCGGCUGUCUCACAGUUUACACUUUUUAUGGGCGUUUACAAAAGGGCAAACAAGUUAAGCUUUGGCGUGAAAUACUUGAUCGAUACUUUAGAAUCAUUCCGUCUGUCAUCUUCCUGAUUCUAUUUUGUACCUUUGUGUUACCGCUGCUUGGAUCAGGUCCAAUGUGGAAUUUAGUUGUGACAUCACAUGCUGAGAUUUGUAAGAAAUAUUGGUGGAGAAAUAUGCUGUUCGUCCAGAAUUGGUUUGGUUACAAUUCAAUUUGUUUGACAAACACACAUCAUGUUGGAAUUGACAUGCAACUUUUCGUUGCGGCAACAAUAUUGACACCAAUUUUAUACAAGUAUCCAAAGAGAGGUCUUCAACUUAUUAUAGGACUUGCACUCUUAUCGACAAUUGCUCGAUUUUAUGUAACCAUCAUUCAUGAGUUAUCAAUCCACAUCUUUUUCGGCAUUUCAUUACAAAAGAUUGCUGAAGUUGCUGACCGAAUGUACAUCAUACCACCAUUUAGAUUUACUGUUUAUUCAAUGGGAAUGCUUCUUGGAUAUAUUCUUAGAAAACAUAAGAAUUACAUUCCAAGUGACAAAAUAGUUCGUCUUGGAUGGUCAACAGCGUUCCUAUCAUUUGUGAUUACUUCCAUUGCAUCAAUUCGUCUAAAUUUUCCAGAUCAUGUUUAUAAUAAAUUAGAGUCUGGAGUUUAUGCAGCUUUUGCACCUGCAGGCUGGUGUCUAUUUUCAGCAUGGAUUAUUUAUAUCUCUGAGAAGGGGUCCAAGAGUCCGAUUGUGCAAAUCUUUAGAUUAAAAGUUCAAAGAUUCUUUACCAAAAUCGCCUUUGCUGUGUAUCUUACGCAGUUUCCUAUAUUCUUCUACAAUGUCGGUAAGGUGCGGAACGCAGAAUAUUUCGAGUUUUGGAAAGUUAUGUAUAACGUGGAAGAGCUUACUACAAUUUUCGUAUGUUCGGUUAUUUUGCAUUUAUUGAUUGAAGCACCAUUCAACAACAUUCGAAAACUUAUAUUCGACAAAAAAGUGGUUACAGUGAAGAAGGUUGACUAAUUGAUGCCAUAUUCCUGCCGAUUUAUUUCUCGGUUCCUCAAAACAAUUUAAAUAUUGGGAAUCUGUCCGAGAAAUCUGUACGUGUAUAUAAUAUUUCUAAGUUUUAUUAGUUUUUAAACAUUCUAAGUCAUUAGAAGAGUUCUGCUGUGUAUGAUGAUUAUAUAAAUAUAUAAUCUUUUGUUUUACAUAAGACAAUCACCAAUAAAUUAAACAACUCUAGGCUUUAAGACUUAUUUAACGAAAGAAGGGGUGCAUUGAUGGGAUUUUGAAGUUUUCGGUCAAGAUUUUGCAUUUUUGAAGGUUAUUUAAGCAUCAUUGAUAAAACUUAACGUGUAGCUUAAUAAUUCUAAAAACCUGUAUCUUAAAAUGCAACAUCUUGUAUUAAAUUUUUAACAUCAGGCCCCUCUCUUUGAUAUUUAAAUUUUUUUGCGUUCUUUUUUUCGAAAAGGCAAGAAAUACGUAGAUUAAUAUUAGCAUAGGAAUCAUCUAAAAACUAUUCUCAUUUAUAGAGGAUAUACUGAUACAGCGACAAAUGUUUGAUUAGAUAAAUCAUAAGUUUUAUACAUCUAUAACUUACUAUAAGAUAUAUACACAAAUACUUAUGAAGAAGGAACAUCUCUUAGCAGAUAUUGCUAAUUUAAAUAACUGAUCAGUCACGAUAAUUUUUUAUACGAAGAACAUUUCUUUCUAUUGCUGUUAUUGCUAAAAAUUUGAACGUGUCAUUUUUGGCAAAUAUUUCAAUAAAUGAAUGUGGAGUCGUUCACAAAUGAUGUUUAUGACAUGUGAAACAAUAGUUAAUCAGUUCAGCAUCUCUGGUUUAAAAUUUAAAUUUCAAAAAAAUAAGAAUUCUUCUCCACUAAAGGGUAGACAUCAUUAGUGAACGUCUCGCAUAUGACAAUGUAUAUAAAAGAUUUUUGGAAGGAGAUAAAAGAAUAAAAAAUUCAAAAUUCUAUGAGAAUGAU